UUUGAACAAAAUAUAUAUCUACUAACACGUAUUCAGUGGUGUAAUAGCGUGCGGCUAUCAAACAAAUCAAACAAUGAUUUCAAACCUAGCUAAAGGACGUAAAGAGGUUUCUUGAAAGUGUGCAGUAUUUCGGAAUGGGACGCGUCCAAAUGGAUUCUAGCCGCUCUUCUAAUCACGACACCGCAACAAGGAAAAAGUGGUAAGGAAGACCAGGAUACAACUAAAUUACGGUUGAAACAGCGCGUCAGACGAGGGGAAGAGGGAAGUGAAUCAAACCCGUGUCUCUUCACUGCUUAGUGCACUUCAUACCUGACCUGAGACCGCCGCAGGCUCCCACGGACACCAUGGUUCGUGCUCCUCUGAACAGAUGGGUCGCUUCAACUGAGCAGCAAUGACCAGUGAGCGGUAGACGAGCGUAUGCUGCGAGGCUCAUAGAGCUAUAACAAAUUCAGAGUUUCUAUUGUCUGAAAACCCUGUUGCCCUAGAAGAUGGGGCAUCCUCCUCUGGAGUUUAGUGACUGCUAUCUGGACAGCCCGGACUUCAGAGAGACUCUCAAGUGUUAUGAACUGGAGCUGGAGAGGACAAGCAAAUUUCUCAAAGAGUUGAUAAAAGAUGGCAACAGUGUGAUCACUGCAAUCAGAGGCUAUUCUUUGGCAAUACAGAAAUUCUCCCAGACUCUCAGUGUGUUCCAGUUCGACGUCAUCGGUGACUCCCUGACAGAUGAUGAGAUUAACAUCGCUCAGUCGUUCCAGGAGUUUGCCGGACUCCUGCAGGAAGUGGAGCACGACAGGAUGAUGCUGGUUCAGAACGCCUCCGAUCUGCUCAUCAAGCCGUUGGAGAAGUUCAGAAAGGAGCAAAUAGGAGUUACAAAAGAAAAGAAAAAGAAGUUCGAGAAAGAGAGUGAAAAAUAUCACUCUCAGGUGGACAAACACCUGAAUCUUUCUACCAAGAAGAAAGAGAGUCAACUUCAAGAGGCUGAUGAACUCCUUGACAAAGAGCGAGUGAACUUCUAUGAAUCGUCGGUGGAUUAUGUGUACCAGAUCCAUCAGGUGCAGGUCAAGAAGAAGUUUGAUGUGGUGGAGCCGGUGCUGGCCUUUCUUCACAGCGUUCUAACGCUCAACAACCUGACAGUGGAGAUGACUCAGGACUUUAUGCCUUACAAGCAAGAACUGCAGCUCAGCUUGCAGAACACAAGAAACCACUACGAGAGCACAAGCGAGGAGAUGGAGGAGCUGAUGAAAAGAAUGAAACACCCAUCCCAGAUCUGUAAAAUGCACAGUUUUCUGCCCAUGGAGGGUUAUCUGUACUGUCAGGAGAAGUGGGCUUUGGGAGUGUCAUGGGUCAAAUAUUAUUGCAAGUAUCACAAGGAGGGGAGACAGCUGGUCAUGGUGCCUUGUGAACAGAAGCCUACGACUAAACAGGGCACCACGCAGCUGACACUGAAAUCCUGCAUCCGCCGGAAGACAGAGUCCAUAGACAAGCGCUUUUGCUUUGACAUGGAAACUAUCGAGAGAAACACACCCGUCACUUUCCAAGCUCUUUCAGAGGGAGACAGGAAGUUGUGGAUGGAGGCCAUGGAUGGAAAAGAACCUAUCUAUCAUUCCCCAAUUCACAAGCAAGCGGAAAUGGAACUGAAUGAAAUUGGAUUCAAGUUUGUGCGAAAGUGCAUCAACUACAUCGAAACAAAAGGAGCCUCACAAGAAGGAGUGUACAGAACAGUUGGCAGCAACAUCCAAGUGCAGAAACUUAUAAAUACCUUCUUUGACCCAACAAACCCAGGAGAUGUUGAUCUCCAAAGCAGCGACAUUGAUGUUAAAACCAUCACAAGUGCACUGAAGUUUUAUCUGAGGAGUUUGUCUGAACCUAUGAUGACCUACAAUUUACACAGAGACCUCAUGUGUGCUGCAAAGUCCGAUAAUCUGGACUUUCGACUGAGUGAGAUUCAUUCUCUUUCCUACAAACUACCAGAGAAGAAUCGGGAGAUGUUGGAGAUGCUUAUCAAACACUUGGUCAAUGUGUGCAGUCACAGUGAAGAAAAUCGGAUGACCCCCUCGAACAUGGCUGUCAUCUUUGGACCCACACUGAUGAGAGCAAAGGAGGAGACGGUGGCGGCCAUGUUGGAUAUCAAGUUCCAAAAUAUUGUCGUUGAAAUUCUGAUUGAGGAUUGCAAAAAGAUCUUCAGUUAUAUGCCAGAGGACAGCACUGCCCCACCUGUCCCUCCUCCGCGCAUCACCCCGAGAAAGCGGCAACCCAUCACAAUUUCCAAGCGGCCACCUCGUGUUUAUCAACCUCUUAGUAACGACCUCUUACGCACAGAGAAUGGCCAGAACGACAGCUACGUUGCGGCUGGGGAAGUGUCCACAAACCCUGUUCCCCUGCAGCGUACAAAACCUCUUAGCUGUGCGCCACUUGUUCCAAGAGAACCUCCUCCAAGACUAGCACUGAUGCCCAGGCCAGCUAACCGUCUGGACAAACAUUCAGACUCUGAUGCUGGAAAGAUAGACGAUACAAGGCAAAGGCUAGAUUUUUCUUCAGCGGCAAAUGGGGAGUCUGGAGUCUAUGUGAGCAGAGUGCCAUCCUUCCAGGGCAGAAAACCUAAAGGCACACCAGGCAACAGAGAAGGAGAUUCUGAUGGUCUGACCAGAACGAGGUCCACAGAGAAACAUGCCAUUUGUAGACCCCCUGUCAGGCCUCCUGAGCCCCCCUCCAGAUACCCCGUUCUACAAAAGACCCCGGUUGUAGCCAGCGCCGAGGGCACGGCCACAUCCUAUGUUGCCUCUAAAACAAAGUUUUUUGAGAAUGCCUCCAGGCACGUCGGCAGCCCACCAGCUUCUCCGUCCUCAUCAACGGGGACAAAUGGGAAAAAAGAGAAUUAAAGUUGACGAGACGUGGACCACAUCAUGUGACCUCUACAUGUGCUGUUGGGUGCUGAUCGAGCUGGAGGGAGUCACCGUCAACGAAGUCAUCUUAUUAGAUGAACUGAAGAAGUGACUCUCGAUAGAACUCAAUGGAUCUAUUUGAUCUUUACUAGAAGAAAUGGUGUUGUACAUCAACGCAGUAAGAAGUGGACUUUUGAAUGAGCUGGCAAAGUAAUCGUCUCAGUGUUUGAUUAUUAUUCCAAAGUUAGGGUGGAGGAACAUUACUGUUUUCCCCUUGUUUCAUGCCAAUUGACAAUUUUGUCCUAUAAUAAUAUUUACAAUAUUAAGUCAUUUUACAGUGUUAAAAAGUUUAAGCAGCCAAUUUUAAUGCAGGAAACUAACGGCCAUAACUGAUUACAGCUUACUUAGACUAAUUGAGUAAAUAGGUUUAAUCAUUAUUCAUUUGAAAAUGUGAAAUAUUAGUCUUAAUAUUAACUUCUAGAUUGUAUAAAAAGGGACCAUGUGGUCCGUCAGAGAGCUUGAUGAGCAAGCUAUUUUAGUUAGUUGGUUCAAAACGUUUAAUCAUGUAUUCAGCCAAAACACGUCAUUCAGCCAUAAGUCACUUUUUAAGAGGCAUUACAAAAAAAGUAUUUUGCUACACACUGUCAGACUUUUUUCCAGUUAGUGUUGAUUGAAUUUCAAUCAUGAAUAUAAUGCUAGUGUUAGUUUAAUGGGGAACAGAUUUACUAGUGUGCAUUCACCUCACUUCUGACCUUAUGUCGGUAGGUCAGGUUUCACAGGAGAGUCCUUGAAUGUUACCUACAUUUGUUGCACCUCAAAUAAGUUGGGGAUAAAAAAAGGAGGUAAAAUAAGAUUUAAAAGUUAUUGUUACAAUAUGUGAAAAUAACACUCCAGUGUUUUAUUUCUUUGCUCUGGUUGCUUUGCUUAUGUUAAUUUUACUCUUUUUUUUUUUGUUGAUAAUCCAACUUGAACAUUAUGUCCUGUUGAAAAAUAAAAAUGAAAAGAUCUAAA